CGUUCUUCUCAUAUCCUUUCAUCACACAAAAAUGGUCCUUACCAUCCCAACAAUUGCUUCCGUUGCUCCAGUCAACUGUGAACUCAGUUUGGAUUCCGGCCGUUGCAUCAAGUACGUGGCAACCAGAAAUUCAAACCCGAAAAAUCAUGUGGCAGAGGAAUUGCCUAUAAUGAGAAAAAAUAGUCACCAAGAUCAUCAUGAUGACUGGGAAGGUGUCAACACAAUUUGCCACACUAUUGAUAAUAUUGUCAAUGUUGAGAUGGAAACUGACUUUUUCGAUGGAAAAUCUGUUUUGGAAAUCGGAUUCGUAACUGGACUCCCAUCAGUAUAUGCUUUCGAAAAUGGAGCAGAAGAAAUUGCAAUGCACACAAUGGAUAAGACUAGUUUGGAGCUUUACUGUCGUCCAACACUUAAGAGAAAUAAUAUUCCAAUGAUCAAGACCAAGGUUUCAUGUGGUACAAUUGAAGAGGCAAUGAAGUUCCUUGGCGGAAAAAAAUUCGACAUCAUUUUGGCACCAGAUCUUCUAAACCGGCAAGAAGCAGAAUUUGAUUUGGUUCACGAAAUUCUGCACCAAGGACUCUCGUAUGAUGGAAUUUGUCUCUUCUCCUGCCGCACACACUACGCAAACGUUGACGGGUCGUUGACCGCCUUCUUACAACUGGUGAAAAGACGUCGUGAAUUUGAAGCAAUUGAAAGAUGGUCUUCUCCAAGAACUGAUAUCAUUCAACAAAAGGUCUUUCAACUCACUCGUUCAUUGUUCUGAUCGUCGAUGCAUACCGAAUCUUCAUUUAAUCCCAAACAUCUGUAAAUAUGAAACUGAACAAUGUGCCUUCUUGACACUGAUAUAAUUCUCCAUAUUACGGUUAUCUCAUCACUCAAGUUUUAUCCUCAAUCUGUUUUUCUUUCGAAAAAUUGUACUCAUUGAAAUACAUCACAUUUGAUGAUUUGUCGGUAUAAUAAAUUAAUUUAAUUUC